CGGCGACACACAUCGAUUGCACCCAAUCAGAAGACACACCAUGACUAUGCCUAUGUCGUCUCGUAGAAGCAGAAGCAGCACCAGUUAACAAACCGCAGUCAACAAAAUGGCGCCAAAGCCGAAACCAACGAAGAAACAACAAUCUGACCCUCAUGGAAUGUUUGCUGGAAUGGCUGUCUUCUUUGUCCCUAAAGGAGUUCAACCUCGUCGAUUGCAGAUUUGGAAGCAGAGGUUGGUGCAAAUGGGUGCUGUCAUAGAGGACCGAUUUUCCAAACGGGUCACUCAUCUUUUCGCUAUGGACUCGCAUGCCCUUCUACAUGAACUGGAUAGCCACCGUUUGUCACGUUUUAAAGGGAGAGUUCUCCUUUAUCAAUGGCUGGAAGACAGCUUGAAAUCGGGGGAGAAACUACCUGAGGAUAUGUAUGUACUGAAGUUGGAUACUCAAGAUCAAGUUAUACCUGAUAAGUCUGUGGACCCUGAGCCAACUGAUAGAAGCAUUUCUAGCGAUCCUCAGCGAUUACAGAGUAAGAAGAUGAAAUCAUCUUCUGAGGAUACACAAAUUUUAAAUCUUGACAGUAAUGAAGAUAGAGGAGAAAAUGCACCGGUUCCAUCAACAAGCACUGCGAGCAGUCCUGGUGAAGUUGACAGUUUAAGUUAUGCAAACACAAGACUACAACACCUUGAUGCUGAAAAUGAGGCAUCAUCGUUGCCAUACUGUCCACCUGAUCUAAACAAGAAGAUAACAGAGAUAUUUGGGAAACUUAUCAACAUAUAUAGAGCAUUGGGUGAUGACCGGAGGUCCUUUAGCUAUCACAAGGCUAUUGCAGUCAUUGAGAAGUUGCCAUUUAAAAUUGAAAGCACUGACCAGUUAAAAAACCUGCCGUCAAUUGGAAAAUCAAUGAAAGAUCAUAUUCAGGAGAUAAUAACCACUGGGAAGUUAUCCAAAUUGGAGCACUUUGAAACUGAUGAAAAGGUGAGAACAAUAUCCUUAUUUGGCGAAGUAUGGGGUGUAGGUCCAGCCACAUCACUGAAGUUGUAUGAGAAAGGUCACCGUACAUUAGAUGAUCUCAGGAAUGAUGAUUCACUUACAAAUGCACAAAAGUUAGGGUUGAAAUACUUUGAUGAUAUCAGGCAACGGAUUCCACGCCAUGAGGUUCAAGAGAUGGAACGCAUUUUGCAGAAAGUUGGGGAGGAUGUUUUGCCCGGGGUUCUAAUCGUUUGUGGGGGAUCAUAUAGACGUGGGAAAACUACCUGUGGGGAUAUUGAUAUCAUUAUAACGCAUCCUGAUGGAAAAAGUCACAAAGGAUUUUUGCCGAAGUUUGUAAAGCAUUUAAAGGAUAUGAAUUUCCUGAGGGAGGAUUUAAUUUUCAGUAAUCACAGUGAAGAGGGCACUGAUUCUGGUGUUGACACUUACUUUGGUUUUUGCACUUAUCCUGGAAGGGAGUUGCGGCACCGUAUUGAUUUAAAGGUUUACCCAAGAGACAUAUAUGCUUUUGGACUUGUAGCUUGGACUGGAAAUGAUGUAUUAAAUAGGAGGUUGAGACUGGAAGCAGAUUCUAAAGGAUUCCGGCUUGAUGAUACAGGAUUAUUUCCAGCUACUAUGGGUUCUGGCGGCAAGCGGGGUGCAAAAGGUAGUGCAAGUUUGAAAUUUGAUACGGAAAAGGAGGUUUUUGAUUUCCUGGGCUUUCCUUGGCUUGAACCACAUGAAAGAAAUCUCUAAAUAUGGGAAUGGUUUGUGUUAGCCUGACAAGUACAAGUACAACACAUAUCAGUGCUGAACCUUGGAAAAAACGAUAUCAGUUCUGGAUGGAGACCCUUUUAAAUUACUUAAAUGUCAAUCUCUAACCUUACAAACACCACCAAGGUUAUGUUGGAGAUUAUUUAUUUCUACUUUCAAUAGGAGAUGAGAUAAUUUUCUUAAUAA